AUGUCAGUUUAUGGCCCAACAAGUUCUGCAAGCGCAGAUCAUCGACGAAAAUGGGAUCGGGAGGAAUAUGAACAAAAGGCACGGGAGCGUUUAUUAGUGGAAAAAGAGGAAGAAGCAAGAGGAAAACGGAAGCUUUUGAGAUUUCCAGAUGAGUCGAAAGUAAAGAGGGAAUUGUUGAAAGCUCGGGAAUAUAAGGUAGAUUUAGAAUCGAAGGUUGGACGAACAGUUGUGAUCAACAAAACAACACCAUCUGCUGAAACUGGUGGUUACUACUGUGAUGUUUGUGAUUGUGUUGUGAAAGAUUCAAUAAAUUUUUUGGAUCAUAUUAAUGGCAAAAAUCAUCAGCGUAAUAUGGGAAUGAGUAUGAAAGUUAAACGAAGUACGCUGGAAGAAGUACGGCAGCGAUUUGCCUUUAAAAAAAAUCAAAAAGAGCUGCAAAAAAAAGAAGGUGAAAUAAAUGAAAGAUUGGAGGAUUUACGAGAAGAAGAGGCACGCAUGGUCGAUUAUAAAAAAGCCAAACGCUUGGAGCAUAAGAAACGGAAGCGCCCUGAACCUGAAAUGCAAGUUGAUGCUGAAGUUGCUUCAGCCAUGGGAUUUGGUAGUUUUGGGGCCAGUAAGGCAAAGUCUUAA